CGGCUGGUAAGAUGACCUGAGCCCGCGAUAUCAGUCGUAGAUAUUGAUGGUGAGUUGAGAGCCACCUACAAUGAUUACCUAAACAACUACAGUGAAGCUCCUCGCAGUAGGGCAGUGGUUUCUGCAGAACUGUAGAAUAUGUCUGGGGGAAUUUUAGUCAUACUGAAUAAACGGCACAGGUAGCAUUCCUAGUUAGGUGGAACGGCGAGCAAAGAAAAAACUUAGGGACCUUUACUUUGUUUUUUUAAAGCUUCUGACCACAUCCCAAAAUAUAAUUUGUUUGGGAUACCAUGACUGAUCAGCCCAAUGGUCAUUCCGUAUGUUAUACACUCACACUUGUAAUUAAAAUAAUCAUACAGAAAAUAUGGGCAGAAAUCACAAUGAAAGAGAAAAAAAUAUAAAGAUCACUAGCAAACUUAUUAUCGCAACUCGAUGCAUCACGAAAUAUUGAGAAAAUGUUUAUUGAAAAGUUACCACGGUUUAUUCCAGAAUGAGAGCACCCAUUUUCACUAAAAAAUGAAUGAAACACCAAAAGCUGUCAAGUCAAGAGCUGAUAACAUUAUGUGCUCUAAUCCCUAUGUAGAUAAGUAACCUAUAGCAAGGUGACAUACAUUCUUACGACAUCAUUUCUUAAAAAUCAGUAACUCACGAGAAUGAAAACAUAAAAGAAAUGCAGUCAUAAUACAUAAAUAACGACGAUAGUUCCUAAUGCUGUAUAUCGAUUACGAUUGGCAAAGAGAGAGAAAAAAAAGCUUAGUGUAGUAUGACCGUACAAUUUUCACAUAGUUAUUACCGUUAGUAUAUUUCUUCCUCAAUUCUCUUGCUCUGUGAUUUUCCAUGUAUACUUUUUCUUUGUCUGACAUGGAACUAAAAUAACAAUAUACAUUACUCUUUUUUUUAUCUCUCUCUCUCUCUUAAUGCCUCUCAUUCUUUUCUUAAUAAUUUAUCGGUUUUGACAUGAACUUCAAAAAAAACAAAAAAAAACAUGCAUAUCAGUUAAAGCGCUCUAGGGAAGUGACAGGCAAUUGAUAACAUGUUAGAAGUAAUGGUAAAUCAGCGGUUUAUGCUUAUCAGUAAACAUGUUUCUUAUCAUGAUUUUCUUGUUUUUUAUUAUAUAUAAUUCAAACAGCAGAUCAAGGGAUUUUCACGAACGAAUCUUCACAUAUCAUAAGCAUAAAAAAUAAAUUGUGCCACAUUGCUUUGAAAUAACUAUGUGAUUGUCACUGUAAUUAUUUUAAAAAAAUAGAGGAGCAUCAGAUGGUAUCAGCCGGUAAAUGUUUCUGGAGAUAAUUCAUGUUUCCUUGGACUCAGUCACAUCAAGUUGGGAGGUCAUACAGAUCAUCAUCAACAACAAACAGAACCCAACCAACCACCCUUGAAAAAAAAAAUAUAUCUACAUCAACAAAAAAAAAAAAAGCAAAGAUGCCCCUUGACUUUUACUACUUGGACAUGUCCCCCCCAUGCCGAGCCGUGAUGCUCACCGCCCGGGCUGUGGGGGUCGACCUCAACCUCAAGCUCGUCAACAUCAUGACAGGCGACCAUAGGAAGCCAGAGUUUCUCAAGAUCAACCCACAGCAUAAGAUUCCAUUUUUGGUGGACGGCACUGUGAAGCUGUCUGAGAGAUACACCAACCUCAUGGACUUUCCUUGGGCAGCAGGAAACAAGAUUACUAUUGCCGACUUCUGCCUGGUGGCCACCAUAUCAACCAUUGAUGCUGCUGGUGUAAAUCUAGACCAGCACCCCCGCAUCGUGCAGUGGCUGAAGAAGUGCCAGACAAAGAUGGUCGGCUACAAGGAGGCAAAUGGGGAUGGGGCCCAGAAGUUUGGGGACUUUAUGAGGGGCAUAAUUGCACCUCCAACACCUGAGAAGGCAGAAGAGAAGGAGGAUGACAAACCAGUAAAGGAGGAUGAUAAACCAGUAAAGAAGGAAGAUACAUCAGAUUCCUCAUCGGAUGAGGAGAAAUAAUGAAACAGUGAACAAAUCUAAUGAACUAAUGGGUUAUUUUGCAUAACUGUUAUUUAUAUGCUCAUCAGCUGUCUUAUUUGUUUUCAUGUAUGUUUUGGUUCUCUCUGAUAACAACAUAAAUAUUUGUCACUUUCAAUAGUACAAAAGAAAAUGG